CUUCUCAUUCGCGAAUCAAGGCCUCUAGACCUGCAUGGAUGGUAAAUAAAUGCAAACAACGCACCGUCGUUUUCGAGCCGGAAUUUUGCAAACUGAGAGUCCCACGGAUGCCUAGCAACCCUUUGAAGCGGCCACGUGACACCUGCAGCAAGGUUGAUGCAUGAACAAGGUCGGCGCGGCGGGGGCACAGAUGCGAGCAACUAGAGACAUUUGGCCGGCGCUUCUUCAUUCGCUCUGCCCGACGGCGGUUCCCAUGUGAGAUUCUGCACUCGGCGGAAAGAAAAGCAAGCAGGCACGACGCAAUGGGCCAGUCCGAGAGCAGCCUUGGCACUCAAGGUUCGAGUUCCGGUGGGUGCGUGACAACCAACAACCUGCCGCCACUCAGCUUUCACUCUGUCCACGGCGACAACGUGCAGGUCUCACUGAACGGCGCGGUCGCCCGCCGCGUCGAGAGUUUCUGCAAGGGGAUCACGUUCUCGGCGCGCCCAGUCAAAAUCAACGAGAAGGUGUGCGUCAAGUUCGUUGAGGUGUCUGAUAACUGGAGCGGCGUCAUCAGGUUUGGCUUCACGUCAAACGACCCGAGCUCCCUUCGCAACGGGCUGCCCAAGUACGCCUGUCCUGACCUUACCAACAAAGUUGGCUUCUGGGCUAAAGCCCUGGCUGAGCGCUACGCCGUCAAGGACGCGAUCCUCUUUUUCUACGUCACUAGCUCAGGGGACGUGCACUUUGGCGUGGAUGGAGAGGAGAAGGGAAUUUUCUUCACUGGUGUGGAGACUAAGGGACCAGUGUGGGCCCUACUUGACCUCUACGGCAACUGCACGGCUAUCGAGAUGAUUGACUCUCGCCAGCAGCUGAACAACGCUCGUUUGAGUCCCCCGUCAUCAUGCCAGGUGGACACCCCCGUCUCGUGCACGCCCAUCUCCUGCGCAGACAGCAUCCGUCUGUCGCCUUCAGCGUCAGCAUCCAGCGACAUUGACCGCAUCUUGGUCUCCUCCAUGGCCUCCAUGAGACUGCAGCAACAGCAAGCGGCACAACCGAAGCUGCAAAAGUCUCCUCAGGCCCAGUCCUCCACCCUUGCCCCUCUGUCUUUCCACAGAUUCUGCGGUCGCAACAUGCGGCUGAGCUAUAACCAAAGCGUGGCGAGCCGCACGGAGAGCGAGUUCUGCAACGGCUACGUGUUCACCGCACGACCUUUGCGCAUCGGCGAGACAAUUGUGAUUCAAGUUUUGGCCACGGAGGCCAUGUAUGUUGGCGCUUUGGCGUUCGGCGUUACCUCUUGUGACCCGAACAACCUCAAGGCCAACAGCCUGCCCGACGACAGCGACCUGCUGCUCGACCGGCCCGAGUUCUGGGCCCUCAAGAAGGACGUGGCGUCCACCCCCGAGGCCGGCACUGAACUCGCCUUCCAGCUGCUGCCCAACGGACAGCUCACCAUCUCGCACAAUGGCAGCACCCCCUCCACAAUCAUGUUCGUUGACCAGAGCCUCUCCCUCUGGGCCUUCUUCGACGUCUACGGCUCUACUCAGAAAAUCAAACUGCUUGGUUCUUUAGGACACUCUGUAGAUUUGCCCCCUGAGCGGUCGCCGGGCUCUCCUGAGAUGGUGGCCGCCAACCUAGCCAACAUUCGUCACAUCCAAGCGACCGCGUCAGUGCACACGACGGCAAUGUCCCCUGUGUCGCAUGUGUCGCCCAUCUCUUUGGUUGUCAACCUGCCUCCUUGCGGAGUCUUCCAGCAAUACUUGCCUGCCGGCACUGCCUUAGCUCAAGCGCCUGCCAAUGCCUCCGGAACUCUUCUUUCCAAUUACAGUCAGACUUAUAUUGAGCCUGUUCCCGCGAAUGCGUGCUACGCGACCGUGGAUUCAGCGAGCAACCUGCGCACCCCGAGUGCCUCAGGCGCCGGUUGGAACGACUCGAAUAACGUGACGCACAGCGAGUGCAGCAUCUGUUACGAGCGGACAAUCGACUCUGUGCUCUACAUGUGCGGCCACAUGUGCAUGUGCUACGAGUGCGCCAUCCAGCAGUGGCGGGGCAAGGGCGGCGGCCACUGCCCGCUCUGCAGGGCGGUCAUCAGAGACGUCAUCAGGACCUAUACUUCGUGAGAACAGAAAUCACGCCCCUGCCACGCUAGUGCAACGCGAAACGCCCGCUGCCUCUGCCCCUCGGCAUUUAGUCAUGUAUAUUAAUUUCAUUGCGAUUCACCAAAUGCGUUGCGAAACUUUAUUAUAUAUAUAUUACUUCCUUUGUACCUGAUCUCUCAUCGUUUUAAGAAUCUCACGCCUCUUUUGUUUGAUACAUUAUUUUACCUCUGAUUUUGUACCUCUGCAACAGACAGACAACAGGCGGCUAAGAUUGUACCGAUAUAUUAUAACCACAAGAGAUUAUUAAAGUGAACAUUUUCAGCAUUUAA